AUGUCAAUCAUUUCUUAUCAGGUUCAAGAGGCUCUUUCUAAAUUUCAAGGAUCAGUUAGUAAUAACGGGUCUAUAUCAAUUCGAUUUCCAAAGCGUCCAGAUCUUACAAUUUCAGUAAAUUAUUCUCCAACAUUUCCUAGCACUCCUCCUUCAAUAAACAUAGUUGAUUCAAAUGGGGAACAAGUUGCUGUUGAGUUUCCAAUCAUUAAAUAUUGGAUUCCACUAUACACAUUAAGUAAUUGUUUAGAACAAGCUAUGAUGUUCACAGAUAUUCCUACAUUGAACCCCGCACAAGUCGAUCCUGAAGACAUUGCAAAUAUUGACCAGAGAAUAUCACCAGAACAACUCUUGAAUCCUGAAUCUAGACUUGAAGCUGUGCGAAAUUGUCCUUCAGUAGCGAAAGCAAUUAAAAGUGAGGCAAUGUAUAAUGCUAAAUCUAAUGAAUUAAAAGAAAAAAUACAUAGAGAUCAAAGUAAAAUAGAAGAUUUGAACAUUAUCUAUAAUAGAUUGUAUGAAGACCAGAUUAGAAUUAGUCAACAGCGAUCUCAGAUCAAUUCCGAGCAGCUAACUGCUCAAGCAUACAAUAAUAGAUUAGAAUUUCUGAAAAAUUCUUAUAAACAAAAAUAUUUAAACAAUUUGUCUAAGCAAAUCUAUCUUGGAAAAUACUUCUAA